UCCGCCCACCCCCGCACCAGCGCCUGGAGGCGGAGUGCCGUCUCCCGGGCCGGCCCAGACCAUGGCGGGUCUCGCGCCGCGCGUGGACUACUUGGCGGGCUUCGGCUUCCCGGUUGGGGGCCUGGCAGCGGGCAAGCCUCGUGUGCUGCGUCUCGGGGCGGAGAUCCUCCUGUCCACCGGGAGGGAGCUGGUCUACGUCUACGACUCGGAAGGGAGGCAACUGACCGCGGUGUACAGGUUUCCCGGGCAGGUGUGCCACCUGGAGGUCCUGGCCCUUCGCAGGGUGCUCUUCGUUCUGUGCGCGUGGAGAGGCGUCUAUUGCUUGUCUUUGGACCAGGCGAGCAGGUCUGUGAGCCAGAGUGACGGGGAUGAGGAGGAGAGGGGCCUCCCGUCCCCUGCUGUCCCCGUGGACCCAGACGCCUGUGUCCUCCCUGAUGCCACGCUGUGUGCUUUCACUGUGAUGGACGGUGUGCUCAUCACACUGGCCCAGGGCACUGCCCAGUGGAAGCUGCAGGUGUUCCAGUGUCCUUGUCCUGGGCAGGCCAGGCCCCUGGACCAGAUUGGCGCGGUGCAGCUGUCUGCCUGCACCCCCCCAGCCGGCAGCCCAGGGAGGCCGGAGGCCCCCUCCCCCCGCUUCCUCCCGGUGCUGUGCUGCGUGUCACCGCCAGGCUGCGGGGCCCCCCACAGCCUUCAGCAGGGUCCCCCGGGCUCCACGCUGGAGGGGGCCCUGUUUGGGCUCCUCUUUGGCACCGACGCCACCCUCCUGGAGUCGCCCGUGAUCCUCUGUGGCCUCCCAGAUGGCCAGCUCUGCAGUGUGGUCCUGAAGACCCUGGUCACCUCCAGAUCGGCCCCUGGGGACCCGAAGGCCCUCGUCAGGAUUCUCCAUCACCUGGAGGAGCCUGUCAUCUUCAUCGGGGCCCUGAGGACAGAGCCGCUGCCUGAGGACAUGGAGGACACCUGCUGCGACUGCCUGGUGGCGCUCGGUCACCGAGGCCGGACACUGGCCAUCAAGGCCAGCUGGGAUGAGGCCGGGAGUCUGGUGCCGGAGAUGCGGGAGUACCGCCUGCCGGGGCCCCUGCUCUGCGCCGCCUGUGGUGAGGGCGGCCGCGUGUACCACAGCACGCCCUCCAGCCUCUGCCUGGUCGACCUGGCUCGGGGAGGCACCCCCUGGCUCGGGGAGGGGGCGGACGUGCCACCCAACGGCCCAGGGGGCCUGCCCUCUCUGCUGUGUCCAGCCAGCUUGAGUGUCUGCAGUGUUGUCACCCUCUCUGUGUCACCGAGGUUGCCUGAAGGGGGCGCCGAGCUCCUGGCCCUGUCUGCCCGAGGCCGCCUGCUGACCUGCCGCUUGGAGCAGAGCCCUGAGGCACCGUGGCCCACCAGAGGGACCUCGGCGGCCACUGGCCGGAGGAUGAAGGAUUUGCUCUGUGGCAUCGGCACUGUCUCGGAGAGAGUGUCUUCCCUGAAGAGGGCCGUGGACCAGCGGAACAGGGCCCUGACGUGUCUCAACGAAGCCAUGAACGUGAGCUGUGCUCUGCUGUCCUGCCGGGAGGGCCCCCGGCCCAUCUCGUGCACGACCACCACCGCCUGGAGCCGCCGGGAGCUGCGGGACGUUCUGACCGCCACCUGCCUGCUGGAGAACAGCAGCGGCCCCCACCUGGGCCGGGGCUGGGCGCUGUGCGUCCAGGUGCUCCCCGGCGCCCCAGCCUCAGACCCGGAGGCGGCUGGCUCGGCCGUGACCUACACCAUCCCUGUGGACCAGCUCGGCCCCGGUGGCCGGCGUGAGGUGACGCUGGCCCUGGGCCCGGGCAAGGAUGGCAUGCUGGACCUGCCGGUGACCGUGUGCUGUGCGCUCUUCUACAGCCUCAGGGAGGUGCUGGGCGGGGCCCUGGCCCCCUCGGGCUCUUCCGAGGACGCCUCCUGGGACGGGCAGGAGGGCAUCUGCCUGCCCCUGAGUGAGCACACAGUGGACCUGCUACAGGGCCUGCGCUUCCCUGGCCUGGCCACGUCCCUUGCGCAGGCCCUGGGGCCAUCGGGUCCCACCCUGGACCCCGUGGACACCUUCCUGGAGGCCUGCCACAGGCCCGGCAGCCACCCGGCACAGCCCGAGUCCCUGAGGGCCAAGUACCUGCCCCCUUCUGUGGCUGCCAUCACGGUGUCGGCAGAGCUGCUCAGAGCUGCCUGCGGGGACAGGUCCUCAGGCAUGUCCCUGUCCUGUGCUGUCCUGCAGUGGCUGCUCGCUGAGAACGCCGUCGUGGACGUCGUGAGGGCCCGAGGGCUGUCCUCUGUCCAGGGUGUGGCCCCGGACGGCACUGACAUUCGUCUCACUGUGCGUGAGGUGGCGGUGACCGGCAUGUGCCCGGCGGGGCCCCUCCAGGCUGCGGAGAUCCAGGUGGAGAGCCGCUGUCUGGCCAGCGUGUGCGGGGCUCAUGGCGCCAUCGUCAGAAGGAUGCAGAGGAUGGCGGUGGAGCAGGCCGCCCAGGGCUGCAGCCCACCUGACCUCCUUGCACAGCACCUGCACCAGAGCCAGGCCAGCCAGGAGGCGCUGCUGCGGGAGGUGCAGACCCUGCGGGACCAGCGCUGCGUGGAGGGCGAGGCCGGCUCCCGAGCUGCCACCGAGAGGCUCCUGCAGGUGUACCGGCAGCUGCGCAGCCCUGGCCUCCUGCUGCUGUGACUGCCAGCAGGAGCUCCUGCCCCUUCCGACCCCGAGUCAGGGCAUCAGGUCCACCCUUCCUCCUCCCUCAGCUGCCCGCCGUCUCCAGCCUCAUCCUCUUGCUGCUGGGCAGUGUCCCCUGCAGCGUAGGGGUUGGGUCAGCGAUGUCUGCUCCACUCACAAGCUCAGAACCUUGGGCUGGAUCCCAGAGCAGGAGCUGCGUGGCCCUGGGUGGCUCUUGGGGGCCAGGGAGAAACCGCCUGGGAGUGGGACCUGGGGCAGGCGUAGGUCUGCCUGCCACCCACCGCGGACACCUCAGCCCCGCCCCUGCACUGCGGGGUGCUGCCUGCGACGCAGCACAGUUAAGGCAGCAGGGCUUCAGGCGCCUGUGGCCAGGUCACCGCCUCCCCUCACCGAGCACCGCCAGGGUCCCGUGGAGGGGGAGCUGCCAGUGCUUCCCGUGUUUGCCUGGAUGUCACGCGGUGCUAUGUGGGGGGGCCGUGAAGGCCCCGCCGCCACCUAACUGACCUUUGUGAACUGA